GUGGUGGGGGGUCAGCUAUUGACCGUCACCCAUUCUUGAGUACUUAUGUUGAUUUAUGUCAUGCACUUGUUACCUUAUGCUUAUCGUUUCGCAUUCCCGAAGUGCGCAAGAUACGUGCAACUCGGCUGAUCAGAGAGAAGCUCUCGGACGACAGACAACUAUGUCGGUCCAUGUAUCUUUUGGAACUUAGGUCUUCUGAUGAAGGCUCCCAUCGUAACGCACCGUACAUAAGUUCCUCAAAUCCCAGUGAUAAAAUCUACCCGAGUAAGCACCUUGUCUAUCUGGCACAUGCGAGCGACACUUAUCUGCUUUUUCAAGAAGAACAGAAAGCACAAAUAUUACUAGUGAUACUGACCAGGAUUAUCCAGGCUUUCGGUUUGUGCUUCGAGCCCACGAAUUGCAGUGUGAUGCUACGGAACUUAAAAUUCCGUAGUCCACAUUCAUUACUGGUCUCAACUUUGGGGUUUUGCGGCAUAGGUGGUGGGGGGUCAGCUAUUGACCGUCACCCAUUCUUGAGUACUUAUGUUGAUUUAUGUCAUGCACUUGUUACCUUAUGCUUAUCGUUUCGCAUUCCCGAAGUGCGCAAGAUACGUGCAACUCGGCUGAUCAGAGAGAAGCUCUCGGACGACAGACAACUAUGUCGGUCCAUGUAUCUUUUGGAACUUAGGUCUUCUGAUGAAGGCUCCCAUCGUAACGCACCGUACAUAAGUAUGCAAGUUCCUCAAAACCCCGGUGAUGAAAUCUACCCGAGUAAGCACCUUGUCUAUCUGGUACAUGCGAGCGACACUUAUCUGCUUUUUCAAGAAGAACAGAAAGCACAAAUAUUACUAGUGAUACUGACCAGGAUUAUCCAGGCUUUCGGUUUGUGCUUCGAGCCCACGAAUUGCAGUGUGAUGCUACGGAACGUGAGGUAUUUGAUCGUACCUCUUGGUAAAUGGGGUCUGACACCAGAAGCCUUCGAACAUUCGACGUGUAUCGGAAGCUGCGUUAGCCCUUACU